UACUAACUCUCUUUCUCUUUAGCAAUGGGCUACUUUUGCCAGAGCCUGGUAUCUCCUCGAUGCAAAGAUGCAGCCACCAGGAAAAAUAGCAGCUGCAACUGUAAUCAGACUUGAAGGCAGGCAUAAACCUAUUUACCAUGCACUAAGUGACUGUGGAGAUCAUGUUGUCAUAAUAAAUACAAAACAUAUUGCCUUCUCUGGCAACAAGUGGGAACAGAAAGUAUAUUCUUCUCAUACUGGCUAUCCUGGUGGUUUCAAACAAGUGACAGCAGCUCAGCUCCAUGUGAAGGAUCCAACCGCUAUUGUUAAACUGACUAUUUAUAGAAUGCUUCCAAAAAACCUUCAGAGAAGAACUAUGAUGCAGAGGCUGCACCUCUUCCCGGAAGAUGUUAUUCCAGAAGAUAUAGAGAAAAAUCUUCUACAGGAGAUUCCUCAGCCACGUGAAGUCCCCAAGAGGUUAGAUGAAUAUACACCAGAAGAAAUUGCUGCCUUUCCAAAGGUUUGGACUCCGUAA